AUCCACCUGAAGAGCUUUGUAACUUCUCUGCCUCUAUUUCAUUUUCAGGUCUAAUCUGCAUGGGCAGUAUGUUGCUGUUUGCAGUCCUUCUUGCAACUUCAUUUUGGUCCUGUGUGGACAUGCAGGCAGUGCCAGGGCAAAGCCCAGGGCAGCAGACACAGCUGAGGGGCACAUCUGCCAGCAUGUCCUGUAAGCUGCAGAGGAGAGAAACAGUGCACUGGUACAAGCAGCUCCCUGGAGAGCAGCCAAAGAGGAUCCUGUACGAUUCCGAAGGGACGCCCGUGUUCGACAGCACCAGUGACAGAAACAGAAUGCAAGUUUGGAGUGAUCCUGCUCAGCCCAUUUAUCAUCUCACCAUAAAUUCCUUAACCCCCAGGGAUUCUGGCAUCUAUUUCUGUGCCUACUGGUAUUUCACCACAGUUGGUUAUUACAACAAGGUCUUUGGCUCAGGUACAAAGCUCGUUGUCUCAGAAAAAGCAAGUUCUCCGCCAGCAAACUCUGAAAUCCUGCACACAAAGCACAAAAAUCAGACAACAUAUGUUUGCCUUAUUGAGAAAUUCUACCCAGAAGUUAUUAGGGUGACAUGGACUGAUGAUGAAAAGGAGGUAACAGACAAUGUAGUGAAAGGUGACACUUGGCAGUCCCCAAAAGAUGAUGAAUAUUCCAUUGCCAGUUGGUUAACUGUGCCAGCAGAGAAUAAAGACAAGAACUACUACUGCAAAUAUGAGCAUGAAGAGAAACAGGCUUCACUGUCAACACAAGAUUCUAUGAAGACUGCUUCUCAGGAAGAGGACUGUGGAAAAGUUUUUAAUAGAGAUCAGUUAAUGCACAGGACAGCAUAUUUAGUAUACAUCAUCCUUCUUCUGAAGAGCUCCAUGUACUAUCUUAUCCUACUCUUCUUCAGCUACAAAGUGUGGGCUUCAACCAAGCACCAAGGAAAGAAAGCAUGAAUGCUGUUGUAAGAAAGGGCUGCAAAUUGAUUUACUUUGCUGUAUGCUUAUCCUUAUAAACCCCCUGCUCUUGGUGUUAGAUGUAACAGCAAAAAAAAAUAUUCCAAAAUAAUUUUACUCGUAUUAGUGCAUAAAGGCUCAUUUUGCUUUAAUGCUAGUGUUUUUAUAUCAGCCUGGUUUUCCUAAUUUUUUCCUGAAUAAAGAUAAGCAACAGGAAUAAUACAUUUUAAUCCAAGUCUGUAUUGCAAAAUUAUGUCAAAAGUAGCUAUGUAUCCAGAAGCUUAUGGGUAUAAUAGGGCUUUUGACACAUAAAGCACAGAUGUGUUUUGUCACUGAAUUUAAGGCUUAAUUAGGAGCAUUCCUGUGCAGUUAAUUCACAGGUUUGGUUCAUUUUUAUUUUCAGUGAUUUGUUGCAACUCUCAUGUAUCCAAAAAAUCAGGAAUUAAUUAUUCUGAAGUGGUGUGCUGUAAGAUACAAUUAAACAAAACUUUUAAAAGUGAGCAAAAUAAUUUUGAAUGAAGAAGUCAGAUGAGAGUAAAAGCAAUUCUAAGGUUCACAUGUGCAGAAAUUGAAGAAACCCACUGACAGAGUCUGAAAAUCUGCACACUGUGAUUUAAAAAACAAUCACAAUGAUCACGAACGCCACCUUGUUUAAAGACACCUUUUAAAAUUGAGCAAAACCAUGAAUGUGAAGCUCUGAUAAAGAAUUUUCUCAAAGGAAGAAAAAUUCUCAGAGACUUGAACUCUAAACCUCCCGGUUCCACAAAUUAAUUCCCUUCAAAUUGAGAAAGUAUUGGAAAAAUGAGAAGUAGACAUAUUGGGAUAAAUAAUUUGCCUGGUUUGGGCAAAACAUUGCCCUAGGUUUUGGAGAUAUGUCCCUACAGCAUUUACACUCACUGUGUCUGGAAUGAUGAUGGCAAUAAAAGCUUUCCUCCAGCUGUC